AUUUUUAUGUCGGUCAAAUAAAAAAAAGUUUACAUAUUUCCCCCCGUGAGUCUUCUGUUUAAAGAAUUAAUACAAACGGGACAAGAGAUUGGUGCUGUAUUAUUUAAAUAAUAUCAACGAUGACUGUCGAAAGCUGGGUGGACAAAUUAAAUGGAAGAUGGACACCGGUGCUCUUUUUCAGUCUUGGCAUAGUGGCAUUUUUCAUUCCGCUGUUUUUCAGUCCAAUUGAAUGUGUGUUUCCAUCAGAAUUUACGCCACAUGAUGUUGCAUAUGGAAAAUCUCGUUGUUAUGAAGCAAAAAAUGCUAUAAAAUAUUCUGUUAAAGGGAAUGUCACGACAAUCGUUUAUGCAGAAGUAAUUGGGCAUGUCAUCAUAGGAAAAAUAAAAGCAACAGACAUUGGGGAAAGAACUUUAUAUCAAUAUAUAUCAAUAAUCCUGAUUUUACAGGCUAUUUUUCUCAGAGUUCCAUUUAUUUUAUGGAAUCUGGGAGUAGAGAAAUUAGGCAUCCAUUUCUUGGUUGCUACAGGAAACCCUAACGACAAUAGCAAAUCUACAGGAAGGAAGCUCGCCAUCUAUCUGGAACAAUGGAUUCAAAAUCGGAAUGUCAACAUCCUUUCCCUAGGUGCACUCACAAUUUUUCAUUGCUUUAUCAAACUGCUAUAUUUUUUGAGUACUUCUGUGCACUUAGGGCUGCUGGAUCCUUUCCUGAAGCAGGAGAAUGAAACUAGCUUUGGUUCUCAGAUCCUGAAAAAUAUAAGAGAAAACAACAUGUCUUUAUAUAAAUCUUCUCCAGCUUUUCCCUUGCAGAUAGUUUGUGAUUAUACUUACUGGCAGCUAAAUACUAGGCAUACAUAUAUAGUGCCAUGUACCUUGCCACUCAAUCCGUAUCUGGAGCAGAUAAUGGCGCUGGUGUGGUGGUGGUUAAUCUUCACUGUAGCCGCCACAGUAGCUGAUGGUUUGCUUUACCUUUUUGGCGCCGUUCUCCCAUUUUUUAGGAUCAGAUUUGUAAAGUCGAAUAUCUUAAAAGCUGAUCUUGGAAAUUCUAAAGAAGCUCUGACAGACCAAAAUAUUCAACGAUUUGCCAACGACACGUUGGGAGAAGACGUGGUUUCUUUCCUCAAACAGGUACAAGACGAAGAAAACGGAUGUGUUGUCAUGGAAACCGUAACUGAGUUAUGGAAAAUCUGUCAUGGCAACAUGCAACCAACACCAAACAGAGCUCCGUAUCCAGCACAACAGAUAUCUUCAGGAUCAAACCCUCCAGUAUUGCCCAUGGGAAACCCUCCACAAUACACUCAAUUAGAAAUUCGGGCAAAUGAACGUCAUGAUAACCAGCAAACAGCGCCAUUAUUAUACCCAUCCUAUGCACCCCACUCGUAAUCUGCCAAAAAUAAUGAGUAAUCGGCCUUUUCACGAAAAGUCCGUGACAGAUCACCAUAUAUUGUAUUUGAGACAUUUUUAAUUACAUGACAGAUAACCAUAUUAUUUUAUGUACCUGACAGUUAUGACGGAGUUUUCCAAAAUAUAACUGUUGUGCUCAUGGCAAGCAAAGACCUUUUCAGGUCCAUCAAAUAUUCUGGAAAAAAAGUAGGUUUUCAUGAAUGCAUCACUGAGAAAAAAGAAAAAAAAAGGAAGAAGAGAAAAUAAAAGUCUAGCAAUAAACUAGCAAUCAAAAACAUUUUAGUUCGGAAAUAAUGGACUUACAAUUUGUAUUUCAAAACAAACAGUCAUCAUUAUACCCAAUACCGGGUUAUAU